UGACCUUACAGCUGGACUCCAGGCUGGACUGUUAUAGUACUCAUGCCUAGGUCUCAUUGCUCUCUCAGUAACUGCACCGCCGUGUGACCUCGAGGCGCGGCGGUCUCUAGGACCCUGCAUGUGGCGGUGACACAUGUGACCUGGGUGUUGUGGUUUCGCGGAUGGCCCACAGCCUGCUACGCGGGUGUGUGUAUUGGGCACGGACAGGCAGAGGGACAGCCUCCGGGAUGGACGCUCUGAUCGCGGGUGCAGCAGGCAUGAUGAAGCGCACGGUGCUCACCUCUUCCGCCGUCACCCGGGCCUCCAGCCUGCGGGCUCUGCGCUUCGAUAACCGGGCUCUGCGCUGCCUGCCUGUGGAGCCCGGGGAUGGGCAGGACGAGGACGCCGUUCGGUCUCGGCAGGUUCCUGGGGUCUGCUUCUCCCCUGUGCACCCCACUCCGGUACAGAACCCCCGGGUGGUGGUCCUCUCCCGGUCGGCACUAGCUCUGCUCGGCCUGCAGCUGGGGGAUGACGACGAGGAAGAAGCGGCCCUGUACUUCAGCGGGAACCGCCUGCUACCAGGCUCCCAGCCCGCCGCCCACUGCUACUGCGGCCACCAGUUCGGAAACUUCGCUGGGCAGCUGGGGGACGGAGCGGCCAUGUACCUGGGGGAAGUGGUUAACCCGUCCGGGGAACGAUGGGAGAUGCAGCUGAAGGGAGCCGGCCUCACCCCGUACUCCAGGCAAGCAGAUGGCAGAAAAGUGUUGCGUUCCAGUUUGAGAGAGUUCCUGUGCAGUGAAGCCAUGUUCCACCUUGGAAUCCCAACUACAAGGGCUGCUUCUUGUGUCACCUCAGACUCCACAGUGAUCAGGGACAUCUUCUACGAUGGACAUCCCAAAAUGGAGAAAUGCACAAUUGUUUUGCGUGUUGCCCCCACAUUUCUAAGGUUUGGAUCAUUUGAGAUUUUCAAGCCAAUGGAUGAUCUUACCGAACGCCAGGGUCCUAGCGUUAAUAGGAAUGAUAUACGGAUCCAGAUGCUAGAUUAUGUGAUCACCACCUUUUAUCCAGACAUACAGGAGAAGUAUGCAGAAAACAAAACAGAGAGGAACGCUGCGUUCUUCAGAGAGUUAACAAACAGGACUGCGAGACUGGUUGCUGAAUGGCAGUGUGUUGGAUUUUGCCAUGGUGUGUUAAAUACUGAUAAUAUGAGUAUUGUUGGAGUUACCAUCGACUAUGGACCUUUUGGUUUCUUGGACAGAUAUGAUCCUGCACACAUUUGUAAUGGCUCUGAUAAUGGUGGACGCUAUGCGUACGACAAGCAGCCAAGGAUCUGUAAGUGGAAUUUAGGGAAGCUUGCUGAAGCAUUGGUUCCAGAAUUGCCUUUUGACAUUAGUCAGAAAAUAGUUGAAGAGGAAUAUUACGUGGAAUUCCAUAGGCAUUACCUGCAAAAAAUGAGGAAGAAGCUGGGUCUUAUUCAGCUAGAACUGGAAGAAGACUCCAAACUAAUCUCUGAAUUCUUGGACUCCAUGAACCAUACAGGCUCCGAUUUUACAAAUACAUUCCGGAUCCUCAGCAAGUUUUCUGGGAAGGAUGAUGACAUAGAUGGAUUCUUGGACUUAAUCAUUGAACAAUGUGCUAGUAUGGAAGAACUGAAAGUUGCUUUCAAACCAAGGAUGAAUCCAAGGCAACUUUCAACAAUACUGAUGUUAGCACAGAGCAAUCCUAUGUUGUUUGCGUUGAUUGAAUCACAAAACAACAUAAGUCAAGAGUUGGAACGUAUAGAAAAAUAUGAGAAGCUUAUGCAGGCAAGUGCUGAGGACCAAAUUAAAGAUUACAAGAACACCUGGAAAGAAUGGCUUCAAAAAUACAGUGCCCGCAUAAAGAAGGAAGAAGAAAAUGCCGGAGAUGGUGGCAAUUUUCUUGCCAAAAGGCAGAAGAUCAUGAAUUCCAACAAUCCAAAACACAUUCUGAGAAAUUACAUUGCUCAAAAUGCAAUAAAUGCGGCUGAAAAGGGAGAUUUCACAGAGGUCAGGAGAGUGUUGACGAUGUUGGAAAAUCCAUAUGAGGAGGGAGAUUCCUUCUAUGAGGUUUCAGAGACUUUACCAGAAGAACCUUUGGAAGCUGCUGCAACUUCUGCCUGUAGAUCCACAACAGUUUCCAACAUCCCCUAUAAUAGCAAGCCUCCGCUUUGGGCUUCAGAACUGAGUGUCACCUGAUCUUCAUAAAGUCCUUGUUGUUCCUUUACUUGAUGCCGAAGAACAGAACUCUUCUUUUAAAUAAGGACAACAAGGAUACACUAUCUACUCUUAGGUUUUUAAAAUGCAUUUGGAUGUAGAACAUAAUGCUCAUAUGCAGGAAAACCAAUAGACGUCAUGUUUGUGGCUAUAUUUUAUUAUCCAAAUGUAAUUUGCACAUGACGGCAAAAAUAUCAAUUCAGAUUUCUGACCUAUUUUUGCCUGAAAAAACCUAAUAGUAUAUUCAUUAUAUUGAUUUGAAAAAAAUGCUUCUUGCAUUUCCUGUAGUCACGUUCAGAUUGUUAACAGAAAAAGUUUGGUUUUAUUGAUUUAUCUUUUAAGUGAUUUGGGCUAAAGCAACACUUUGGACAUCACUUGUAAUAUCUACCUGUUUGGAGGUAUUCAGGUAAAUAUAUUUGAGAAAAGUGUAUGGGGGAGAUUUAUCAAAACCUGUCCAGAGGAAAAGUUGCUGAGUUGCCCAUAGUAACCAAUCAGAUCGCUUCUUUAA